AGCGGUGCCAGCACUCCGCCGCUCUACCCUGACGCCCGCCCGCCUCUAUGGCCGGCGGCGCCCUCCGCGGCCACGUGACGCGUUCAAGCGCGCCGCGCGGGACCUGCGGCGGGGGAGAGCGAGGCCGCGGCGGGGGCGCGCGGGGCUAUCAGGACUCCCUGGUUCCUGGCCUGGGCCAAGCAGCCGUAGGAUGGGCUGUCGGCGCUGCAGGCACCAGAGAGAUUUGUGAGCGCCGGCCGUGGGCUGAGGGCCUCGCGCAGGCACCGCUUCGGCUCAGUCUGACACUUGCCUUUGAUUAAGGAGAUGAGUGACUUUGCCUGUUCUAUUGAUCAGAAUAAAUUACCAGCAGCUAAUUUAUGGACCUCACAAAAGUGCCUUUGACAUGGUGAAUUGUGCUCUGUUGUUCAGAGAAGAGGGUUUACAGAGACAUGGAGCUUGAAAGAAUCAUUCGAGACACACUGACACGUUUCAUCCAGUCCCACAUCCCUGCUGCAGACCUCAGUGGGAUGGAUGAUGUUUUCUUUUCUUACAUCACGGGUGUCCUGGAAGAGCUGGGCUCACCAGAGUCCUCUGAGGAGACCUUUGACAUGGACACCUUCAUAGAAAUGAUGGAGGCUUACAUUCCUGGCUUUGCAGAGAUCCCCAGUGGGGAUGUCUGUGAAAUGAUGUUCUCUCUCUCAGAAAGGCUUGGUGAAGCACGCAACAAAGAAAAACCUGGCCAAAAGGCUGCAGAAGCCAGGAGUGAAGCACCCUCUGAAGACCUGACCAAGGGCCAGGAGCCCGGAGCCGGAGCCUGCAAUGGGGAAAGGCUGUGCACUCCAACAGACGGAGCCGAGGCCCAGGAAGGCGAUGACUUGAAGGAUGGCACGGAGCUGCUACUGGAGAUGUUCCCUGCCUGUACCGUCAGCCAGGCAGAGAAGGCACUAGCCAUGGCCCUGGGGAACUUGGAGGAGGCAGUGCAGUUAAUUGUGGAAGAGAAGGUGGAAAUUGGCACAGCAGGUGCAAGCAUGAAGGAACUGGCACGGCCCCGCAGAGCACCCAACCAUGAGGAACUGAAGCAGGUUAUCUUACAGAAAUACAUGAUGGUUGAUAGUGCAGAAGAUCAGAAAACACAUCGGCCAGCUCCACCAAAAGAGGUGAGAAAAGAGCGGUUCCAGCUCACCAAGAGUUUGAAUGCCUUUGGCUACAAGGUUAAAAAAGCAGGCCGCGAGUCCAAAGAGCAGAGGCAGUCCCAAGGCAGGAACAUUCACAGAGCCACUAGAGAGCGAAAGGAAAGGUUAGUUUACAAAAGAGAAGGUUAGUUUAGCCGCUGCAGGGUCUGUCAGUACCUACCACUGACUAGCAUGGUUCCUGCUCUGCCACCCCUCCCUCCCCCCUGUCCAACAGCUUUGUUUGCCUUUUUAGCCAAGAUUCCCAACAGAAAGGACAGGUAACUUAUCCCAGCCUAGCCUUGCUGUUCCUCCACCCCCAAACACAGCUCUCCUUAUGCUUGUCCCUUCCCUUUCCCCAGCAGCCUCCACUUGGUGUUUGUCUUUCCUCUCCAGGCUCCCAAGAAGCUGAUCCGCUAUAUCGAUAACCAGGUGGUGAGCACAAAGGGAGAGAGGUACAAAGACAUCAAGAAGCCAGAGAGCGAGGAGAUGAAGAAAACUUACAUCAGCCUCAAACCAGCCAGGAAGUACAAGUUCCACUGACAGCCAGGUCCUCCUGCUCUUCAGCCUCCACCUCGCUGGCCAGGCGUGGGAGGAAGGACACGUGGCACUAGGGAUGAGAGGGGACUCCUUCACCCCACCCACCACUAACUGGAACUAACCUGGGAGCCAGGACACUGCUUUCAGCUUCCUGAACUAACCCAGCUGACAAGGACAAGCCUCUCUGUGGGUAGCUGUCCUUCUGCCCCCAGGGGCACACCACAGCAGCUAGCGGGGGCCUGGGCAUUCUCUGCUAUUCCUUGCAUGGGACGUUCUUAGAUCUAAGACGUGGCUUGUGGUUUUGCAGCAAGCUUUUUAGAAGUCUGUGUGCACUGUUGCUUAGAGUGCAAGUGUCAAUAAAGAUGAUGUGAAUUGG